AUGUUGGACAAACAGAGCUCCAUCUCGAUGUCCGGCUCCUGCUGCAGCUCGAAUGCAACGAACGCGGACCUGGACUACGAUGUGCCCGUCUCGCGGCGCAUCCACAUCAAAUCGAAACUUUAUGCCAAGGCCAUAUAUGAUAAUCAUGCAGACAGCCCCGACGAGCUGCCCUUCAAGAAGGGGGACAUCCUCACCGUCAUCGAACAGGACACGGAGGGCAUCCAGGGAUGGUGGCUCUGUGCCCUGAAGAACCGACAGGGUCUAUGCCCCGGCAACCGGUUACGCAUUUUGAACUCGUACGAUUCGGGCUGCUUCUCGCCAUCGCCGGCCAGCUCUCCGAUACCCUCGCUGGCGGCGAGCACCGCGACGCUGAACAGCUCCAUCUGCUCCGCGGAGAUCUAUGAGAAUGGGUCCAUCAUCAGUGCGGUCUCGUCCUCAGGUGGCGGUGGUGGCGGUGUGGUGACAAAUGGCCAAGGAACGACGAUCCACGAGUCCUCCCCAUCUGCCACGCAGGGCCGUGGCACCAGACGAUCGUGGCAUAUCUCACCGAACAAGGUUAUUACACCGCAGAGACACGGUGAUGUCUACAUCUACAACUGCUCGCCCACAUCGUUGCCUGGAGCCGGAACAGGAGUCCGCACAUCGUACCAGCAGAUCUACAGCAACCAAAGCAUCUACCAGAACCUCUCCAUGAUGUCAGCUGCCCAGCAGAAUCAGAACGGUGGCAGUGGCAGUGGCUGUGGCAGUGAGUUCGAGACGUACGACAUACCCAAGCCUGCCACGCCCGUGCCGCUGAACUACGACAGUUCCAAGGGGGGACACCCGAGGACACCCACAUCGAUCUCCGGGCUGGGAGCGCGCUUCGAGUCUCUGAAGAGCGUGGCCGCCUCCAUCGAGGAGGAGUCGUACGAUGUGCCGCGACCGCUCAACAACAGCAGCCUUCUGCAGCAGCAGAUGACGCCGAGCAGCUCGGCCUCCUCCCUGCUGACCAGCGACAGCCUGUCCCUCAGCUUCUCCAGCUCGAACCGCUCCUCGCUGGCCAAUAUGCCCGACUACGACAUCCCGCGCCGCAAUCCGCUGCCUGUGCGUCGCACACCCCUUCAGCCGAGCGGCCUGACCUACGACUUUCCCCUGCCACCGCUGCAGGAGCAGGACCAGCGCCUGACCAGUGCCCAGAGCAACGGCAGCAGCAGUCCGGCCGUUGCCAAGGAGCUGCCGCUGGAGCUGGGCUCCGCCCUCGAGACGCUGGCCAAGCUGCAGUCCCAGACCACGACGGCCAUCACACGGCUGCUCAGCUUCGUGGUCCCCGAUUGGCGUACCCGUAGCAAGCUGGAGCCGGCCGUGAUGGAGCUAAAACUAGCGGCACUCCGCCUACGCACGGCCCUGCACGAUUUGGCCGAAUUCGGGGAGGGAGCCCUUGGCAAUGCCACGCGCUCGGAGGACCGGAAUUUGGCGUUGAAGCUGCGGCCCCUGGUCCGGGCCCUGCGGGACGCUAACAAGCUGAUACACGACUCCAGCGAGGCCCUGGAUGCCCAGGGCGGCUGGUCCGUGGAUGUGCUGGCGCGAAGCGACGAGAAGCAUGGCUGCCGGCCGCCAGAUUCGCUUGACCAGUUGAUGGCCUGCGCCCAGACCCUCACCGAGGACGUACGCUCUACCACCAGCUUCAUCCAAGGCAAUGCAUCGCUGCUGUUCAAGCGUCAGCUGCCCUCGGAACAGAAUGGAGGCAACGGAGCUCCGCCGUCGUCCGGCGAUGGAUGCAGUCGAGGCAGCGCCGAGUGGCUUGAGGACUACGACUACGUGGCCUUCGAGUCCAAGGAUGCAGCAGCCAAGAAGAACCAAUCGUUGCGCGAGGCCAUUCCCGUCGGCCUAAAGUCGCAGUUCGACACGGUGAUCCGGACCGCCGAGAGUACGGCCAUGGGAACGACGGGCGGCGUGAGCUCAGUGCCCACUACACCCACGGCACCCACACCCUGCAAGUCGCCGGAGAUGACAGACAAGGACAAGAAGCUGGUGCGCUACUACGCCCAGCAGAUCUCCACGCACAUGGGCAACCUAAUGCAGGCGAUCGACUCCUUCCUGGAGACCGUGGAGAAGAAUCAGCCGCCCAAGUUCUUCAUUGCGUACGGGAAAUUCGUGGUGGUCAGUGCCCAUAACCUGGUGACCAUCGGCGACAACGUGCAUCGCAACAUUUCGAAGGAGGCGCUGCGCGAGAAGAUCCUCCACUGCACUAACGGCCUCUCCGAUGCCCUGAAGACCUGUGUCCUUAAGUCGAAAAAGGCGGCGGCCCACUUCCCCAGCGGCAGCGCCGUUCAGGAGAUGGUCGACUCGGUGGUGCACAUCAAUACUUUGGCCAGGGAGCUCAAGACGGUGAUGCUGCAGGCGGUAAAUUUGUCAACGGCAGCCGGCGUGGGAGCUUGAAGAACCGGAUCGUCCGCCAUCACGGCACAGUAUUACGAACUGGUGAAGCUUCACAGUAGCGCUGCCCUGCCCGAUCAGUGUCUAGCGAUCGCGUAGACUUGCGGCAGCAGAGUCUUCCAGCCUGACAGCGCAAUGUUCCUUAACGCUUCGUCUAUGCAUUAUUCCCCCCUGCACAACCAUCGAGAUGCAUCUAGAGAUGCAAGUACAUCUGAAAUUGGCAUAUCCCCAGCAGACAGAGGCGUCGUCUGUCGCUUUUAUUUUGCAUUGUGAUAUUUUGGAGCAAAACAUCUGAAAAUGCACAGCACCCCAGCAGCAGCCAGCAGCAGCCAUCAGCAGACAGCAGCAGCCAGCAGCAGCAACAGCCCUACGAUCGCACGAUCUCCGCAUGAACCCGAUUAAAACUAUAUACGAUUUAGAUCCUAUUGUUAAAUAACCAUCAGAGUCAGUCGCCUAGUUUUAGUUUCGAUUCUGUACAUAGUGUUUUUUUUUCAUUUAAGCAUAAGACUUUUUUUUUAGAUGUCCAUCUUGCUAGCCGUAGCCCUAGCCCAUCAUCCUCCAGCAUCAGCAUCAGCCCCGCCCCGCUCAGACCCCACGCCAUGCGCACAAACAAUGUUGUAUCAGUGAAGCAUUUCAGCGUAGAAUACUAUUACUAUACUAUAUAUUGUAUACUCUAGAGAUAGUCGUACCACAUUAUAUGUACACAUUUACUAUAUACGUAUACAUACAUACAACACCUAGGCAUGUAGGCAUAUACAACAAGUACAUACAUAGUCAAAAUCUGAAAGAUUUACAUUCAACAUUUUGCAUUUGCGCCAUGGCAAUUUAGUCAUCAAUAUACAAAAAUAUACACAUUAGCAGUAACUACCAUUUAAACUGUACGAGCAUGUAACAAUAUGGAUAAUGCCACAUGGUAUAUGCAUGUAGUAUGAGUGGAACGAAGGACGGUGUCCGGUCCAAGCUUAAACUAUGCAAAGGGAAUAUAAAUAUAUUAAAACAUACACAAAAAUUAGUUAUUUUUCAUU